CCGAAGCAAGAAACAGCCUCAAAGAUGACCAUCGUCGGCGUCCCGUGAGCUUCAAUAUGCACACAGCCUCUCUCUUCAGCGAAUUGGAUCUCAGCAGGCAAGCAGGUAGGCCUCGGGAUGCAGGGACUCCAAGAUCUGACCUUUGUUUCGGGUCCCUUCCGGAUUCACCUUUGUCCCCGCCUUCGAACGCUUCUUUCUUUCGUCUGAACUUUAGCUCUCUCAAGCUCUAUACCUCCUUCCAUGCCCCAUACUACUCUUCAACAACUGGAUCCUUGAUACUGUAUUCAUUCAACAACCAUUCUCAGUUACCACGGACACACUAAAUACGUAUGUGAGAGGCUACACACAUCACCUUCCUCACGAUGCAUCUCCUUCCAACGAGCACCGCGCUCCUGCUCUCCGCCGGCACAGCACUCGCAUCAGUGUCAACGAUCGUCGUCACGCAAUCAGCACCUCCGGCACCAACCAGCACGAGCUACACGAGCGACCAAGGCUUCCAGAACGACAUCCUUGCAGCGACGAACUUCUACCGCAGCGAGCACGGCGUCGCAGCCGUGACCUGGAAUGCCACGAGUGCGAAGUACGCCGUGAACUGGAGCUCCAAGUGCAAUUUUGCGCACAGCGGCGGGCCUACCGGCGAGAACCUCGCAGCGGGCUACGUGAAUGCUAGUGCAGCGGUCGACGCGUGGGGCCUCGAGCGAGAGCAGUAUAAUUGGGGCAAGCCGGGAUUCGGCGAGGCGACGGGACACUUCACGCAGUUGGUUUGGAGCAAUACUACGAGUGUUGGCUGUGGCAGGACGAAUUGUGCGAACAAGAAUAAGACUCCGGGUUGGUACGUUGUCUGCGAGUACUAUCCUCCAGGCAACAUUGUAGGUGACAACAACCAGUACUUCAUCGAUAAUGUUCCGAAGCAAGUCAAGGGAAAGCCCUCAGAUACUGUGGAAAGUGGUGUUGUCACGAGUGUUGGCAGUAGCUGGCGAGAUGUUAGAUGGGGCGCUGGUGUGUUGGGUAUUGCAGGGGUCGUGGGAUUCUACAUGACUUGCUGAAUGUAUCACAAAGAGUACGAACAUUGACGACGUGAUGAGGAUUGAUACCCUGUAUGAAUAACUUGAUUGUACCAGAAGAGUUUAGACAAUGAAAAAAAACUCAUUAUUAUACCAGAAGAAGUAGGAUAAUGGAACUUCGUUUCAAUCACGAAGUCAUUUCAGAUCACUCCAG